AUGCAACUAGGCAUUGGAAGUCCACCACAAAAGAUUACAGUCUUACUUGACACUGGAAGCAGCGACCUUGUUGUUCCCCAGACUGGCAGUGCCAUCUGUCGGGACAAGCAGCAGCAGUGCACCGCAAACAAAAGCAAGUUUUCAACCGGAUCAUUCGAUAGAGCGAAAUCAGCUGGUAUCACCGAUACUAGAAGCCCACCGCUGAAUGCUACUUUCCAAAAUGGAGUCCAGUUACAGGGUAGCAUCGUAAAGGCUGCCUUGACAAUGGGCAACCAGAGUGUGGACGGGAUCAUGAUGGGUAUAGUCACUAAGGGAACACUUCCUCCAGGCGAAGCUCUGUUUCCAAUCUUUGGCGUUGGUCCCAAGCAAGGAGAGGGCAUUGCCAAACCCUACCAAAACGUUCCUGCAGCUAUAAAGGAUAUUGGAGCUACCAACGCCAAUGUCUUCGGUGUCUACCUGAAUGAUUUCCGAGGCAACGAUGGAUCCAUCGUGUUCGGUGGCGUAGAUAAAGCCAAAUUUCAGGGCAAACUCCAGGCGGCACCCAUUUUGGUCAAUGACAACGGUCAAAUUCCAUCUUUUGUGGUGGAUUUUAGCUCCGUCAAGUUGAUCUCCGGUAAUGGAAGUGCACAAGGAGCGCAGAGUACCGACUUGACUCCGCAGGGACGGCCCUCCUUCACCUUGAUUGACUCUGGCAACCCAACCGUUCUCAUCUCAACCAAGUCAGUAAUGAGUCUCUCUAAGGCUUUGGGCUCUACCUUCAACAAGAGAACCGGAAACGUAGGCAAUGUGCCGUGCAGCAUGGCCCAGGAGGGUUUGAGCAUGAGCUUUGGUUUCAACGCCGACAACGCGAUCAUCCAGGUACCCCUCGAGCUCAUGAUGACUUCCGACCAGAGCUCAGGAAACGGAGACUGCGCUCUUCCAAUUUUUGCGACGGACAGUGACACUGGAAGCUUGGGCGCACCGUUUAUGCAGGCCGCAUACGUUGUCUUUGACAUGGAUCAAAAACAACUGUUGAUGGCUCAAGCGGUUCUUAAUGCUACAGAAUCGAGGAUUGAGGAAUACAACCCAACAAAGACGUCAAAGUCAUCAAAGUCAUCAAAGUCGUCAAUGUCGUCAAAGGUGUGCGAAGCACAAUAG